AUGGAAUUCAUAGUUGGAAACUACACCUUGGUGACUAAGUUUAUUCUCUUGGGGUUUCCAACUUGCCCUGAACUGCAGAUUGUCCUUUUUCUUGCAUUUCUGAUAUUGUAUUGAAUAAUUUUAAUUGGUAACAUUGGAUUGAUACUGUUAAUCAGGAUUGAUCCUCACCUUCAAACUCCCAUGUAUUUUUUUCUUAGCAACCUAUCUUUUGUAGACCUUUACUAUUCCUCAGUCAUUGUUCUUAAAAUGCUGGUCAAUUUCCUCUCAGAAAACAAAUCUAUUUCCUAUUAUGGGUGUGCCCUGCAUUUUUUUUUUUUAUUUUGUAUAUUUGCAGAUACAAAAUCUUUCAUCUUGGCUACCUUGACAUAUGAUCACUAUGUUGCCAUUUGUAACCCUUUACUGUAUACAGUUGUGAUGUCUUGAGACAUUUGCAUAUGGCUGAUUGUCUUGUCAUACAUUGGAGGCAACGUGAUCCUGGUUUACAUGUCAUUUGCCUUUAUUCUGAAAUACUGUGACAAAAAUAUUAUUAAUCAUUUUUUCUGUGAUCUCCUUCCCUUGCUUAAGCUAUCCUGCACAGAUAUGUCAAUUAAUCAGUGGCUCCUCUCCACAUAUGGCAGCUCAGUGGAAGUUAUCUGUUUUAUUAUCAUCAUCAUCUCCUACUUUUUCAUUCUCCUCUCAGUCUUGAAGAUCCGCUGUGCCAGUGGGAGGACGAAAGCCUUCUCUACUUGUGCCUCUCACCUGACUUCUGUGACCAUCUAUCAGGGGACGCUUCUCUUCAUUUACUCACAGCCCAGCUACCUGUACUCCCCCAACACUGAUAAAAUUAUCUCAGUGUUUUACACUAUUUUUAUUCCAGUACUGAAACCACUGAUUCAUAGUUUGAGAAAUAAAGAUGGAAAAGAUGCAGUUAAAAAAGUUUUAAGAUCAAAGAUAGAUUCUCCCUGA